GGUCAUUGAGCAAGUGACCUGAGAAUUUGUUGUGUCUUGUCAAGAGUACUUCCAGUAUCUUUUGUUUUGUUUUAUCUUCAAAACAUGAAUUGGAUAUGCAAUUGAAACGAUAAAUUUCCCUGGCUACGGGAAUGAACUGGGGAGAGUCCUUUUUGGAAGCGCUAACACAAGCACCAAGGGUAAAUGGCGGCUGUGUUAUUACAUUCACCAACAUGGCCCAAACCCAAAGAUUUGCACCGAGGCUCAGAGAUAGAACUCAGUGAGGUUUGGUUGUCGGAUCCUUGGUCCUUCUUCAUAUUGAGUACCCACGUUGGGCACGAAGAGUGGUUUUGACUCUCAGUGGACUGGGCGUCGGAGCAGUCCGCUCUCCUGCGGGACUCCGGCGGCAUUCGGCUCCUGGGAAGUUCGGAGGUGCGACUCCCUCUGGCGGUCCCGCCCGGGGAGGUUUUACCUCGGCACCUGUGCGAGCUCGGCAUCAUGUGACAGCUCCUCCCCGGUGGGGCACAGUUCUCGCUGGAUCUCCGGUUACUUUGCAAUCCUCUCGGUAUCACGGAGAGCAGAUGCUGGAGGAAUCUGCGAUGCAGGCGGGGAGGAAGUGACUGUCUUAAUCCUGGGGAUUAGAGAGAGGCCAGUGCCGUCUCCCCUUCUGCCUCCCAGCGGAUUUCUGAUCCAAAACAAGGGAUCGUGUAACAAACAGGAGUAGGGGACCCAGUGAUCCUUGCCGAGCUGUGGGUCCUGUGACGAUUUUAAUGCAGAAAACAAAUUUCUGGAGGAAUGUGCAGCAUCUGUGGAGACCAAGGGAUGGCUGACAUUCUCGUCAAACAUGAAUGGUUGACACACUCUGUCUCCCAGUUGACAAUUUGAGACACUGCAUGAGGGUAGAGGGAAGAUAUCCGCCUCCUUGCUCCCCACUCCCCCCGACCUGUCGUUACAGAUUUGGUACAGCAUGUUUGCUGGAUAGCAGAAAAGGGCGACAUAUGUUCUGCUGGCAUUUUUCCGGCAUGGUUUAAAACGAUCUGCUGAAGAAUUUGGCUUCAGUUGCCAUGAGCAAGGAGAUUCAACAGGCCCCGAGUCUCUCAGGAGUGGACUCGGAAACGUGCACCAUUGUGUUUAAAAAUCACUGGGCUCAGGUGAUAAAAAUUCUAGAAAGGCACGACCCACUGAAGAACUCCAAUGCAAGACAUGGGGUUAUUCCUCCUGAUGAAGCAAGUGCUGUCCAGAAUUAUGUUGAACACAUGAUCUUUCUGUUAAUUGAGGAACAAGCUGAAGAUGCAGCAAUGGGUCCCAUCCUGGAGUUUGUAGUUACAGAAAAUGUCAUGGAGAAACUUUUCUUGUGGAGUCUUCGCAGGGAGUUCACAGAUGAAAUGAAAGUUGAGCAAAUAAAGAUGUAUGAGAUGUUGGUCACCCAGUGUCGCCAGCCGUUACUGCACCACAAGCCAAUCCUGAAGCCUUUAAUGAUGAUGUUAAGUGCUUGCUCUGGGACUACCACUUCUUUUGUGGAGACUGAGCUAGUUUUACUGCUUAACCAGCUCUGUUCCACCCUGGCCAAGGACCCCUCCAUCCUGGAACUCUUUUUCCAUACCAGUGAAGACCAGGGAGCAGCGAACUUCCUCAUUUUCUCCCUGCUGAUACCUUUCAUUCACCGAGAAGGAGGAGUGGGACAACAAGCCCGAGAUGCAUUGCUCUUUAUCAUGUCUAUCUCUUCAGAACGUGAAGUGGCAAAACACAUUGUGGAUAACACGUAUUUUUGUCCGGUGUUGGCCACAGGACUUAGCGGCCUCUACUCCUCAUUGCCCACUAAAUUGGAGGUGAGAUCCGAGGAGUGGCACUAUCUGCAGCGCGAGGACUGGAUGCAUAUUCCACCGUUGGUGCAGUUUAUGAACUCCCUGGAGUUCUGUAAUGCUGUAAUACAGGUGGCUCAUCCCUUGAUAAAGAAUCAGCUUGUGAACUAUAUCUACAAUGGAUUCCUCGUGCCUGUCAUGGCUCCUGCACUUCACAAAACCACCGUAGAAGAGGUUAUGACUACGACAGCGUACUUGGAUCUGUUCCUCCGCAGCAUCUCGGAGCCUGCAAUGUUGCAGACCUUCCUGAGCUUCAUUCUGUUGCACGAGCAUGAGAACUUGCCGAUUUUAGACACGCUCGUCAGUCGAAUUAACACCCCCUUUCGGUUGUGUGUCGUUUCUCUGGCUCUGUUCAGAACCCUCAUCAGUCUGAAUUGCGAGGAUGUUAUGCUGCAGCUUGUCUUGAGGUAUCUAAUACCAUGUAACCACAUGAUGUUGAGCCAGCGUCAGGCAGUGAGGGAAAGAGACUGCUACUCUGUAUCUGCUGCCAAACUACUUGCCUUGACGCCAGCCUGCUGCAGCUCUGGAACCACCCUCGUCCAGGAACAACCAGAGGGUGAAAACGUUCUGGGAUCACGAGUCUCCGAUCCAUCUCACUCAGUCACUGCAGGCUCUGAAGGAGAGGUAGCCUGCGUAGAAAUCCCAGGGGAUUGGGACAGACUCCGAAAGCCACUGGAUGUCAGUUACCUGCACUACCUCUGGGAGGCUCGGGUUAACAUCACUGCCUGUGUGAGGAAGUGUAAGGUGUGGUCUGCCCCCUACGACGGUGAAAAUCCAGAUCCCGAACACUUCUCUCCUGCGUUGACAGAGGGCGCCAGCAAACGCGGCAGCAAGGCGCCAGCUAAAAGCCAGCACAACCCUGCCGUCAGGAGGACCAGGCCCAUCAGGGAGAAGAUGCAGCCGGAGCUGGAAUGGGAUGACAGCUACGAUACCGGGAUGUCUCCUAGUUCGGAUGACGGGUCUCUACAUCCUUACUCACUUAUUAAGCAAGGAACUGCGAUUGAUGCACCACCAGCGGAUCCUCCCAAGCAUAUUCAGGAGAUGAAGAAAAGCGCGUUAAUGCUAAUUAGAGGGUCCUAUAUUGAGGAAUCGGAUUUUCACGAUGAUGUCAUGGUUUAUAGACUUUGUGCCGAAAAGGAUGCUCAGGAUAAUGUUGAAAGUAACGUCAAAAAGGUGAAAACACCAUCUGGUGGUAGGAUAACAGAUCAGAAGGCACAGCUGAGUAACGGGCCGGUGAAUCGGACAAUGCGCAGCACCUCAAGGAGCACGGUUUCUGAGAAACAAAACGCUGUGAGUGCCCGCGGUGAGCAGGGCACAGAAAUGGAGCAUUCUGGACUGGCACCUGACCAUGACGAUCAGACCCAGGAAGCUAUACUGAGCACUGAGUCCAAAGGCUUUAACCAGCACGUGCUGAGUAUGGAGACCGAAGACUUCCUUUCCCAGUACCACGACCUCCUUGCAAAACUAAAUUAUAAUCCGAAUGAAUUAAGUGCAUCGAACCAAAACUCUUCUGAGCCCAGCACUCCCACAGAGGACGAAGAUGAUUUUGAGAAGUUCACCGUGGCCCCACAUACCGACAACCUAACUUUUCCAUUUGGUCCAAAAGUUCACUUAAUGUUUUCCAACAAUCCAGCUAGGAUACAUGGAGCUCCUUUCACAGGACCAUUCAUUAGCGUUUUAUUAUCUAAGAUGGAGAACAUGAUCGAAAAUGAACUACACGUCAACUUGCUGCUGACCGGGAUUGUUGCACAAUUGGCUUGCUAUCCACAACCUCUUCUCCGUUCAUUCUUGCUCAACACCAACAUGGUCUUCCAGCCCAGCGUACGCUCACUCUAUCAGGUGCUGGCAUCUGUUAAAAAUAGUAUUGAGCAGUUUGCUGCAAAAGUGGAAAAUUUCACAACAAUUUUAACCCAGUCUCGUGAAAAUCUGCUUGCUCGGGUUGAUAACCCUUCAUCGUACAAAGGAGAAUUAACAGACAAAGAAAACGGAUCUGAGACAGCAAGUCGUGCCCAAAAUGGCCACCAGCAAUCAGAUAUUUUCAGCAAGACAGCAAUGCCUUCUAGUUUGAAAAAUUCAAUCAAUGCAGCUGUUAUUUUCAUUGAAUUUCUUAAGGAACUUGCAGCAAUUGCACAAGAACAUUCCAUCUUAUCUCAUUCUUCUCUUGUGGACUGUGAAGAAUAAGAGUUAACUAGUUUGAAUAAAUGUUUAAAACAAAUGUUGCAUUCUCCUUUUAAAAUUUUCUUUCCAAAACAUUUCUACCAAGCCUUAAUAAAAAAUGAAGAAGAUCGGGGGGAGAGGGGAGUGGUCUAUUUUAUAUAAACAAAAUGAAAAAAAUCUUAGCUGAGCUCAGCAUUUUCAUGAAAGUUUGUUUUUAAAUGUAGUCACCUUACUUUUGGAAUAGACAAAAUGUCUGUCUAUGCAAGCUGUACAUGAAUUGUUCUGGAAACAGAAAUAUUUUAUUUUAAAAGGGUAUUGUAUUUUUGAGGCUAUUUAAAUAACCAGUACAAUCUUUUGGCUGUUGGUAGCAUUAAGAAAUGCACAGCUGAUUCGAUUCUUCUAUUCAUAUUCUGUGACAUUACACUGUAAAAACAAUAACACCAAAGACCAAGUGUGAAAGUAGCAAUAUCUGCCUUGAAGAUAUUGGAAGGGGUUGGGAGGGGGAAAUCAAUCUUUCCAUUUGAACAAUAAUUUCCUCUUUUUUUUCUGGAACAGCCUUAAUGCACAUUUGGAGCUUCAUGACAAUGUAUUUUUUUAACAAAUGAAAUAAAAGUUGAGCAUGACUUGGAAGCAGAAAAGUAACAAUCACAAAAGCAUAACAUUUGUGGAUAUCCUGAUACUGUUUCAUGCGAUAAAAAUUGUUGCAUGCAAUGUUGGUGGUAACAGUUUAUUGUUGGUGUUGAAGUCACCUUGACAUUAUUUCCUUUUGUAAGAUCAGUAGGUAUUAGUAACAAAGUUCUAAAAGAUAUUUAAAUAUAUAAGUCUGAAGUGGAGUAUUUCUGGCUUUAUAAAAUGAAAAUAUUUUUAUUGCAUCUAGAUGCUUCUCCAGAAUUGAGGGUUAUUGGUAUUUAUAAAUAUGCAAAGAUUUUUCUGAAGAGCAAAAUAACUUAUUAAAAUAUUCUGUGAACUCAGUAAAAAUCUCGUGUCUGUAUAAAGUACCAACUUAAGUUCUCUACUUACUAAGUAACAUUUACUUUAAAGUGGCUUGAUUUCAAAAAUUAGUUUUACAAAAUUCAGUAGAAUGUUUAUUAUUUUACGUAAGUAAAAUUUAAAACCCGAUUUGAAAAAGCAACUUUCUCAGCCACAAAUGUAAUUUUAUGAUAAUGCAAGUACUUGAAUUAACUGGGCACACUUGUGUCAUCAGUCAGAGGAGUAGAAGAGAUCUCAUUAUUCUUGUGCCAGCUUUUCAAUCAAAAGGGAAUUCUAAGAGUGGUUUCAAGCAUAAACUCCCAUCAGUCCAAGUUCAUUGCAAAAUAACUUCUGUGAAU